CGGUGGAACGUGGAAAAGAUAGGGGGAGGAAAACCCUUACCCAAGAGCGAGACGAGAAAAAGCCCCUCCCCCCUCUUCCCGCAUCCGCCUCCUCCUCCUCCUCCUCCUCCCCCACAAUUCUCCCCCCGGCGGCACGACCGAAGCCUCGCGGCCGCCGCAAUGGCGCUCACCUCCCAGAGCCUCUUCUUCUCUCCUCUGGCCACCGGCCCAUCCCGGAGAGCCCGGGCGCGGGGGCGCUCCUCCUCCGUGUCAGCCGCCGCCUCGGGGCACAACUCGCAGCCCCACGGCCAACCCCUCGCCGUCGCAUCGUCUAGCUCCAAAUCCGAACCCAAGGGCUCGAAGACCCUCGCCCUCGCCUCCGCCAUAACCGCCGCGGCCUCUGGCGCGUUCCUUCUCGCGUCGUCUGGCGGCGGGUUUGGGGGUGGCGCUGGGGGCCCCCUCGGGGGUGGAUGGGGUGCCGGAGGAGGAGGAGGUGGUGGUGCCGGCGGUGGCGGCGAAGGGUUCUGGUCGCGGAUCUUAUCCGGCGGCGCGGCGCACGCGGAUGAGAAGUCGUCGGGGGAUUGGGACCCGCACGGGCUCCCGGCCAACAUCAACGUCCCGCUGACGAAGCUGAGCGGGCUGAAACGGUAUAAGAUCUCUGAGCUCAAGUUCUUCGACCGCGCCGCGGGAGGGGGCGGCGCAUACACGGGGCCCGAGGAUUCCUUUUUCGAGAUGGUGACGCUGCAGCCCGGCGGCGUGUACACCAAGUCGCAGCUUCUGAAGGAACUCGAGACACUCGUCUCGUGUGGCAUGUUCGAGAGGGUCGACCUCGAGGGGAAGGCCAAGCCCGAUGGCACGCUUGGCCUCACCGUCUCCUUUGUUGAGAGUGUGUGGAGUGCUGCUAAGCAGUUCAAGUGCAUCAAUGUGGGGCUAAUGUCGCAGUCGGGCCAGGUUGACUUCGACCAAGACAUGACAGAGAGGGAGAAGAUGGACUACCUCCGGAAGCAGGAACGCGAUUAUCAGCAGCGUGUUCGUGGUGCCAAGCCGUGCAUAUUGCCAGAAAACGUGCGCGGGGAGGUCCUAGGAAUGAUGAAGAAGCAGGAGAAGGUCAGCGCCAGGCUCCUUCAGAGGAUCAGGGAUCAUGUCCAGAAGUGGUACCACAAUGAGGGGUUCGUGUGUGCUCAGGUGGUGAACUUUGGAAAUCUUAACACCAAUGAGGUUGUGUGCGAGGUGGUCGAGGGAGAUAUAACCAAGGUGGAGUACCAGUUCCAGGAUAAGCUUGGAAAUUUUGUUGAGGGGAAUACCCAGAUUCCUAUCAUAGACAGGGAGCUCCCACAGCAGCUUCGACCUGGUCAUAUCUUCAACAUUGGAGCAGGGAAGCAAGCUCUGAAGAAUAUAAAUUCACUCGCUUUAUUCUCCAACAUAGAGGUGAAUCCACGCCCUGAUGAAACAAAAGAAGGGGGCAUUGUGGUUGAAAUUAAACUUAAGGAAUUAGAGCCGAAGUCAGCCGAAGUAAGUACAGAAUGGAGUAUCGUACCUGGACGUGAAGGCCGACCAACCCUGGCAUCCAUUCAACCUGGAGGAACUGUGUCAUUUGAGCACCGGAACAUAUAUGGUCUAAACAGAUCCAUCGUUGGUUCUGUUACAUCCAGCAACCUCCUCAACCCUCAGGACGAUCUCUCGUUCAAGCUUGAGUAUGUCCAUCCUUAUCUGGAUGGUGUGGACGACCGUAGUAAAAACCGCACCUUCAAAACUAGCUGCUUCAAUACCAGGAAGUUGAGCCCUGUCUUUGUUGCUGGCCCCAAUAUGGAUGAAGCUCCACCUGUUUGGGUUGACAGAGUUGGAUUCAAAGCCAACAUAACAGAGAGCUUCACACGCCAGAGCAAAUUCACAUAUGGGCUUGUGGUAGAGGAGAUUACAACUCGUGAUGAAACCAACAGCAUCUGCACGCAUGGUUCUCGAGCAAUGCCUAGUGGUGGCUUGAGUAUGGAUGGACCUCCCACCACCCUGAGUGGUACUGGUAUAGAUCGAAUGGCUUUUCUGCAAGCUAAUAUAACGAGAGACAAUACAGAAUUUGUAAAUGGUGCAGUUAUUGGCGACAGAUGUAUUUUCCAGUUGGAUCAAGGUCUUGGCAUCGGAAGCAAAAACCCUCUCUUCAACCGCCAUCAGCUUACUUUGACAAAGUUCGUCAAUUUAAACAAGCAGGAGAAAGGUGCUGGCAAGCCACUUCCAGCUGUUUUGGUUCUUCAUGGUCAUUAUGCAGGCUGUGUAGGAGAUCUGCCAAGCUAUGAUGCAUUUACACUUGGAGGGCCUUACUCAGUUAGGGGCUAUGGUAUGGGCGAACUUGGUGCUUCUAGGAAUGUUCUUGAGGUUGCUAGUGAGUUGCGUAUUCCUGUAAGGAACACAUAUGUGUAUGGAUUUGUUGAACAUGGCACUGACCUUGGGAGUUCCAAGGAUGUGAAAGGGAACCCCACAGAAUUCUUCCGACGUGUUGGCCAUGGGUCAUCAUAUGGUCUUGGCAUCAAGCUUGGCUUGGUAAGAGGAGAGUACAUUGUAGAUCACAAUGCUGGUACCGGAACCGUUUUCUUCAGAUUUGGUGAGAGAUUUUGAGAACAGCUCAGUCAAGCAAUUGUGGGGUAACAAGAUCAUCAAGUGGGCUGUUUAGCUCAUUUGCAGGCACUGAAUCCUGAGGCACCUAUACAUUUUGUGUGAACCGUUGGUGUUGCUGGAUUCAACUGGAAUAGAACCUCUGUUCCGCUGAAAUAAUGAAGCAUUGUCGCUUCUAUGGAAAAGUGAGAAAUUAGCUUCAGGUUUAGUAUUUGUGUAGGAAGCAAGGUUUGCUCGCGAUCUGGGGCUCCUUUGACGGAAGUAUGUGCUCCUGUCAUUUUCAAUGCCAAAGUUUUUGUUUUGUUUUUUGAUUGUUUAGAUGAAUUGUUCUAGCAGUUUUGUUCCAUUCUCGAAUUAUAAACUGUAGUAGUUAGUUGAACAAUGGUAACUACUAUCUCUAGCCUCCAGAGCUUCACCUAUUUAUCCGAAUCUUUUCUGCA